AUGGAGACGCAACCAGAGCAGAGCGACGUCUACCGUCAAGACCUAAAUGGCCACCAAGCCAUGAACGAUCAACAACCCAUGCAAAACCCUGUCCAGGACAGUCAGCUGCCUCCUCAGGACAACCCUAUAGCCCAAGGACAAGUCGCGCAAGCAGAACAGGUCACCCAAGAUCAACCGCCUCAGAACCAUGUGCUUCCAGCUCAGACCGCUCCAGAAAACACACAACCGCAGGUCGCACACGAGCAAGUGGCGCAAUACCAAGCCGCCCAAGGACAAGCAGCGCAAAAGCACAUGGACCAGACUACCGACGGUAUCGAUGACAACAGCAUGAACACGACCAUCACCGCCGCUUCGGUAGCGCCCAUGCCCGAUUUCAGCCAGAGUAACAAUAACAACACCAGCAACUACAACAACAACAACAGCCAUAGCCAUAGUCAUAGCCACACCCCAGAACCACACCGUCCCAGCACAUCCUACUCUGACACGGCCUACCAGUACACCUCACACAAUGGCUCGCGCUUCAAUGUCUCGUCCGAUGCAGACACACCGCCACGACAGGGCUACUACGACGCGAACAAGGAAACACACAUGGGACAGUCACAUUCACGGCCAAGCUCGCAGUUGGGACGCUAUCCGGCUUCAGACAGCGGCUCAAGAUCGAAUUCAUACCAGGACCAAAACCAACGAGGGGCACAGCAGCAGGAGACGGCGAACAAGAAUGCGAGUGUGGUCAUCAAGGUGGGCAUGGUGGGAGACGCGCAGAUUGGCAAGACCAGCUUGAUGGUCAAGUACGUCGAGGGUAGUUGGGACGAAGACUAUAUUCAGACGCUGGGUGUCAAUUUCAUGGAAAAGACCAUUUCAAUCAGAAACACUGAAAUCACCUUCUCCAUCUGGGAUUUGGGAGGUCAGCGCGAGUUUGUCAACAUGUUGCCAUUGGUGUGCAACGAUGCCGUCGCUAUACUGUUCAUGUUCGACUUGACGCGUAAGAGCACCUUGAACUCGAUUAAGGAAUGGUAUAGGCAGGGCCGCGGCUUCAAUAAGACAGCAAUCCCAUUUCUCGUGGGUACAAAGUACGAUCACUUUGUCAACUUCCCGCGAGACGAACAAGAGGAGAUUUCGAAUCAAGCGCGGCGAUUUGCGAGGGCAAUGAAGGCCAGUCUGAUCUUCAGCAGUACCAGCCAUAGCAUCAACAUCUUCAAGAUUGUACUUUCAAAAGCCUUUGAUCUCAAGUGCACCAUCCCAGAGAUAGAAAACGUCGGCGAGCCACUUCUCCUCUAUCAAUCCGUCUAG